UGGCUGAGAAAUAAGAUAAAUUCCAGAUUUUAUAUCAUGCCUUCACAACUCUUUUGAAGUCUCGAGAAUGCUGCAAAAGGCGUUUUAGAGGGAAAAAUCGGAAACAUUAUUUUUUGGGGGGAGGGGCAUGGCUCCGGACCCCUUAAGAGCUCGUGCCAGAGGUACGGGGCCGUAACUCGCCCUCCACACCAUUGGCAUUAAAGGUUACUACAUUAGUGUACAACCCCCCCUUUCAGAAAUUCCUGGAUCCGCCCCUGUAUAAGGAUUAUAAGAGAGUACCUUGCACCCAAGGGCUAGGGAGAGGUGAAAGUUAGGAACAUAACUUGGUAAAUUGUGCGCACUCGUUCCAUCUUGUCCCUAAGUAGGUCUCAGCGUGUCUUGCUGUUGAUAUUUCUUACUAGUGGUUGGUUGGAAUAGAAAAAUACAUUUGGAUACAAAGCGCCAACCUUUACCGGCAACCCACAUACUCAACCGCCAAUCUUGAAAAUCAUUUCCGAGAAGACCCUGGGGACCAGCAAUAGGUAGGUUCCCAGUCCUUAGCACGCGGCCAGCUGUCUAGUCCAAUGUGCCGUAGUGUAAAUCAGAAUUUGGAAGAUCUUAGUGAUGAAAAUUUCGGGUUGUAUAGCGUUGGUUACUGGUGGAGCUUCUGGAAUAGGACGUGGAAUUUGCGAACUUUUGCUACAGCUGGGUGCCAAGGUUGCUGUGGUUGAUGUAAACGAGGAAAGAGGGAAGGAGGUAGAACAUACAUUUGAAGAGAAAUAUGGAACUGAAUGCAUAAAGUUCAUCAGAUGUGAUGUGUCGGAUGAGAGUGAUUUAAAAGAGGCAUUCACAAAAGCUAUUUCCUUGUGGGGUCAGAUUGACAUUGUUUGCAAUAAUGCUGCUGUUCUUGAUGAAGACAACUGGAAUAAAACAGUCAAUACCAACCUGGCUGCAUUUAGAGAUAAAGGAAUCUGUGUGAACUGCAUCUGUCCUGGAACAACAGACACCGAAAUGGACUUCCCCAGACAUAGACUAAGAAAGGAAGAAAUUGAAGCUCAAGAUAGCCUCCCCAAGCAGCCUGUCUCUGAUGUUGCAAAGGGAGGUUGUUGAGCUUGUUGAGGAUGACACUAAAAUUGGGGAGGUGCUAGUGGUUUGUAUAACAGAUGGAAGUAAAUACAAGCAAUUUACAAGUUAGAUGUGAAUGAAUUCCAUUUCCAGGCUGAGUAGUUUAGUUCAAUCAAGUGGAAGGCACAAAUUGCUAUCACUGCUGGAAGUGUUUGUGUUGCUCUGUAUCAGCUUGAACAUAGAGGAAAGUCACCAUUGGUAAUUAACCUACCAAGCAACAAAUAGUCGGGAUUUUUGUCAUCAUCUAACCGUACAAUAAGAAACCUCUUUUUUUUUUUCGUCAAUGAACAAUGCAGCACCAAAGCACAUGUGACAGUAAAUCUGUCAUUAAUAGAUGGUGGUGAUGUUUCAUCAACAGUUGAUGGUUGAUCAAAUGGUUGAUGAUGUUUCAUCAACCCAGCCUAGUUUUAUGAUCUUUUAGGUGUUUUCACUAGGCUUUUCUAGCAAAAAACCUUGAUUACUUGAUGGUGCCAUUGAAUUCACUCUUGCCAUUCCAUCAAUGACCUCGAUCCCAAGCUCUCUCUCUUUUACUCCCUUUCCAAGCUUCAUAAUUGCAUAAAAUUGACGUAAUAUUAAGUCACCAACUUAUGACAGACUCUAGUAGCUUGGUGACGUAAGGGAUUUCAAAAAGUAGAAUAAACUACUCGAUAAAGUUGUGAAAAUCUUACUUUUUAAUUUUCACAUCAUGGUUAAAGAAAAUAAACAAGUCAGGAGAUUCUGUCGGUGCAUUUGUUUUCUUUCAGAUCAACAUGAUUCAUUUAAUAUUUAUUACCUCUCUACUGUUUGAAGAUGGGUGUGUCAGAUAAUUACGCUAGGAAGGGAAACUUGUACUCAGAGGACUUUCAUAGAGAAUGAACUGUAACAGAAAACUGAAAGUGGUUACCCGGAGGGGGAGACUCGCAUAUGAAAAUGUCGGGGAUGCCACUCGUCUCACUUAGGGGUAUAAAUCAAGGCUUCUGGUUUCACGUAGGGUGUUCGUGACGAAACCCCACUAGUUUUAGGCGUCAAAGUAUCUUUUAAGGUGCACUCAUAGGAAUAAUAAUAAAAAGUGCUCUUAUUUCCAUUUUGAGGCUCGAUUUCUUACGGCCUAUUGAGUCUGUUAGACUAGCGCGGGCUCCGUUCCUAAACAGCGGCUGGUAGUCGAGCCUUUUCUGUUUUAAGUGGUAUCAGGUGAUAUGCUUCUGGUGGUAUGUUUUAGGGGUCAUAUAAAGCACGAGCCACGCCCAGAUUGGUGGUUCUUUAGGGGUCUAAUUCAAAUUAUCCCACGAGCAUCCCCGACCUUUUAUGGGGGAGUCCCCGGGGGGAGUCCCUCCCCCGGAGGUUGGUCGCCUCUCAUUGCACCCACCUUCACAGGUAUAGCACCUACUCUACAAGGAGUACGAAAUGACAAACGAGAUUGAAACCUCUCCACGUUGUGUUUAGAGCAAUGAAAGCCUUUUGCAGACAGAAUAUAGCUGAACCCUCUGAAAUAUUUUGUCCACGACGUUCAUCAGAUUGGUGAUGUCCUGUGUAACCCCAUCAUUACCCUAAAGCCCCUAAACUAGGUGAGUCAACUGCGAGCAGUCUCUUUGCUCCUAACGUGCCGUACGACGCGAACACGCGAAUGCAAGGCAAAAGAAGAACAACCUGAGAAGUCCGCACGCGGAGAUACAAAGACAGACCGCAGGCGUUUUUGAGCUUUCGAUUUUCCGCCUUUAACACCGAUUUGAUCGAUAGUUCUGCCCAGUUCGCAAAGUGAUAUCGUUAUUGCUGUGUAAUUGAUUUGUGGAUGUUUUCUUUGGCGAAGACAACGCUUUUGGAAAGAAGACUUCUCAAAACUGGGUUGGCAGCGCAGCAAAAAAUAUCCUUUCCAUUUGGAAAGCGAUUUUAAAUAGCUCCUUGUGAUUCUCACUCGUUAAUUUUCCCACCUAGCUAUUCCUUGCACACUCACAAGUGACCACGAGUGAUCACGAGUAACCACGAAUGACAACGAGGUCAACGAGUAACUAGGAAUGACCACGAGUAACCACAGAUGACUACGAGUAACUACAAAUGACCACGAGUUACCACGAAUGACCACGAGUAACCACGAAUGACCACGAGUAACCACGAAUGCCUGCGAGUGACCACAAGUGAGAUUACAUUCAUUGCCGGCUCAUAAUGACUAACUAAGAACACUUAUAAUGACUUCGUAAUAACACCACUGACGUAUAUUGAUGUAAUCUCAUUCGUGGUCACUCGAAAUAUCUUCCCUAUCCCCCACGACCCCGAGAACGCUCGACACUAAAGACGUGAGUCUGAUGAAUAUGUUGGAAGUUGACGGGUGUCUGGAAAACCCGAAUAGCGAAUAGCGAAUAGUCGCGAAUA